ACGACCUGACUCAAACCGUGAUGGGCUUUCCACAGUUGCGUUCUGCUGCAACCUCGUACCCAGGGUCUUUACUCGUGGGGAGAAAAGACCCUGGUUGCCGCUGGUCACGUGGCACCCAGAUUCUGGGUGCUAAAUUGAAAUUUUCCUGUGGGAGGGGUGGGAGAGGAGCGUACGUUUGUUAUCGGAAAAUUUUCCUCGUAGUAUUGUGUUUUGUCCUUCGCAAAAAGAAAAAAUAUACAUAGUUCACGCUUGAAGAUUUUGUGUUAUUGCAAUUCAAUAACACUGCCAUGGCCUCAGAAGAAUGGAGUAUUAAGUUACAUGUUAAUCAUGGAAUUAGAUCAAAUUUCAAAAGAAUACUCAUUCAGUUUUCGCCAAUGGCUAGUAAAGGCACGCCAAAAAAGUACUACAAGAAUCCAUCUAAAUCGUCGGUCAAUAUCUCGCGCUGCAGACUCUGUAAUUCUGUUGGUGAUCCGAGGCAUUGUAAAGGUUUGUUUCGGGACUCUAACGUCGCGAUUUUACGUGACGUUGAGACUAUUUUCGGCGAUAAGUUGCCACAAAGUAGCAACCUUCCGCACUUGAUCUGUCGGCCAUGUGAGAGAAGACUAAAAACUGCUAUACUGUUAAAGAAAACAAUUUACGAAACGCAGCAACAACUACAAGAAGAAAUCCGUGCCAAACGUUGUGUUGAGAUAUCGCCGUCGGUCGAUAAACCAGCACCCAAAGUUCGAGCAACUGGGAUUACGCGUCGACGCAGUAUUGAUUUUGACAUCGCUACCUCUGAAAGCGCAAGUCCUACAACAUUACCUUCACAAGAAGGUGAAUUAUUGGAUUUGGCUAAGGCAAAUCAAGAAUUGAUUGAGGUUGCCAGAAGAAGUGAACCAUCUGUUCUCAGGCAAAUAUCCUAUGAUGGUAUGUCAGAUGAGGGUUGGAUGUCGGAAGUGUUAGAAGAGAUGGCAACCAGAUGUCCAGUUGUGAACAAAAUACUGCUAUCUCUGAUAGAAAGCAGCAUCUAUCCGGGGAAGAAGAAUCCUGGCAUCUGCUUAAUUUAUGGCAUCAUAAUGUUCUUAAGAUGCCAUGAAUUGAGUAGAAUUCAGAGAAUAAACUCGGUUUUGUUGGUACAAGGUCAAGCAUCUGUUAAUUGUAUUGCCAAAUUGAAUAAAUAUGGGCUAUGUCUUGAGCCCACCAAAAAGUACAAGAUCCUUGACGAUGUUGGAAAACAUUUACUUGACCGUGCCACAGAGCUAGUGAAGUCUGGUUACAAGUUUGUCUACGUAUUAGACAAUAUCGACUGGGAAGAAAAAGCACAUGAUAUGAGGCAGGAUAUUCAAAACCGUAGCGUUCAUGCAGUUGCUUCCAGUAUUGUCUUUAAUCGAGUACCAGACCAAGGCUUUUCUGACUCUGGUCCACAGCAGGAUCUCAGGAAAAUCAAUGCCAGGGAUGUGGUGGCUGUAAAUGAUUCAGAGCUAAAAGAGAUACGAAGUCGGUACCAGGUCAUCAUUGCCAAAAUUUUGUUUGAACAUUUACCAUCCUUCGCCAUGUUUCAACCAUUUACCCCUCAAACCACCAAAUGUGUUUAUUCCAAAGAAUUAUCCGAAAAAUCUGAGGUUGUCACAAUGCCAGUACUUAUGAAAGAUGAAAAGAAAUACUCGGACUGUGUUGAUGUUUUGGACCAACUUGAGAAGUGGACUCGUGAAAUAUAUUCAUCAGCUGGACUGUGUGCACCAGAGCCUGAAGAAAACUGUGAAAGUACACCUGCAAUUGGAACAACAUCAAGACCUGAUCAACCUGCCUCACAUGUCCCACCAGCUGCAUCUGAGAGUGAUCCAUUGCAUGGUGUGAAAGUACCAUGCUUUGGAGAUCAACUCACCCGUGUUAGAUUUGCUGGGGCAAAAGAUUUACGUGCUGGGUGCCAUUCAGCCAAGCAGAGGUUGGAUCAUCUCUAUCCCUUUUGCAUUGUUGACUGGCAUACGAAGAGAAGUUAUCUUAAGACUGUUUUUAAGAAAUUAUAUCUCAAUUCUGGAAGGGAAAAGGGUACACUUCGCUUCUUCAGGGAAAAGCUAAACAGGAGAAAUGUUACAGCUGAUGUCAAACACUAUGAGGAUUGUGAGCAGCUGUUUUUCAGUGUUGGUAAGUGUUUUGUUAUCGAAGCCCUUUUGGAGUUUUUCCAAAUGGGUGAUGCAAAACACAAGCCAACAGCAAACGGUCCUCAUAGUGUUUAUGUUCUCAGUGAAGAGUACCAGAAGAGCUACCUCAACAAUACCCUGGACAAAUUCCUCAAUGAGUAUGUUUUUGUUGGUGAUGAUGAGACUGUGGCAACUGAUGAUGAGACUACGUUAUCUGGUGAUGAUGAGACGACUGAUGGUGUUUGGGCCUACAGUAUAAACAUCUUGAAGUCAUUCCUUCUGCUGGCAGAUAUAAAGGAUGCUGUUGCAACAGGUAAUGGUGAGUACCUGUGUGUGUUAAGAAAGCAGCUGUUACAACAUUUCUUUUCCACUUCUGGUUUUAAUGAGUUUGCAAUUGAAAUGUUCAUCAAUAUUUUGCAAACCAAAGUCCUCUUAUCAGAAGCUGAAGCCCAUAGAUGCAAAUGGGCUGCUACUGUUAAUUGGAAAGGUGGGAAUGGAAAGAACAUUGAAAUUGAUCUAUUUCAAGAGAACCGCAACUGCGAGAUGAAAAAACUGAUUCGUUCUAUGGGGGCUAACAAAACUGAAAAGGCAAUCGAAAGGGCAAGCAAAGCAUCAGGAGGAGUUUCGAAAAUUGUGGAGGCAUUCGAAGGUCAGGUGAAUAUUCGACCAAAGUCAUCAGGCCACACACACAAGUCGUCAGCUGAUGAUGAACAACUGAUAGGGAAAGAUUUGAGGGCAUUAAGACCAUUUAGGAAGGAAGAGGGUAGGAUGUUUGAGACAUUUGGAAAUAUCUCGUGUGAUCCACUACACUCAUUCAAUGAAGAAAAAUUCAAGGAAUGGAUUGACAGGCAUAAGAACAACAUUCUCAUGCAUUACCCAGUGUUUGAUGACAGAGAACAAUCAACUGAAUGAUUAAUUUUAAAAUAAAAACAUUAUAAUAGCACUUGUGCAGUGUUUUCUUUUAUGCUAUUGUCUUUACCUGCAACACUUACGUGAUGCAAUAUAUUUGCUUUACACCAAAAUGAGGUUUAGUGAUGAAGACAAUAACAUAAGGGAAAACCUGCAGAAGUACUAUUGCUAUAUUUGGGGGAAAUUAUUUGAGACUGAACCAUUUGAAACCCAUCACCUCCUAAUACAAUUUAACUACCCAUAUCACAAUUUAACCAUGGUACACAUAUGCCAGAUUGAUAUACUCAUUGGCACUGGCACUGUUCUGUUGUUGAGUGAUAUAUUCUACCAGUAAAAUACUAAAGUAAGGUCUGUCUGGGUGCAUUGGGACUCAGUGGUUUCACUGGAUUCAUUAGUGUGUAAAUAGACUUAUAUGUAUUAUGCCAUAUAUUAAACUUUGUUACAUAUAAGAUAAUUUAAUUUAAUACUUUUAGUAUAUACAGUUGUUGUCAAAA